GCCAGAUUUCACACAACUCAUUAAAAAGGAGCUUUAAAUACUGCAAACAAAUCAACCCUCAACUCACACAACAUGGAAGGCAUAUGGAAAAGCAUGGUGGUUCUACUUUCAUAUGAAUCUCUCCCUUUUGCAGAGUGAACCGACUGAUGUACAGCAACCUGCAGGAAUAUCAGCUCUGCCCUUCAGGUCAAGCCUUUGGCAAAUGCUGGAUAUGCAAGUGUAAGCAUAGAUUUUGGCUUGUCAUCUGAACAGGAGGAGGCCAGGGAGAGAAGGAAAAUAUAGCUGAAAAAUUAAGUAUAGAUCUCCAGCACAAUUUCAAGGGGUAAAGCCUGCCUGCCUGGACUUUAAAGAAGUACCCACACGGCCACAGAGGCAUCCUCCAGGACCGGUAACAGCACUGUUCAGUUUCCCCACAGCACUGCAACGAUGAAUUUCCUCCGGCGGCGUCUCUCAGACAGCAGCUUCGUGGCAAACCUGCCCAACGGCUACAUGAUGGACUUGCAGCGCCCCGACAGCUCCACGAGCUCCCCGGUGUCUCCUGCCACGGAGAGAAAGCACCUGCAGCCACCCCAGCCCUCGCACUCCUCCUCCACUGGCAGCAGCAUCUUCAGCUCCAUCUCCAGCGCCAUGAAGCAAACCACGCAGGCGGCUGCGGGACUGAUGGACCACUCGGCCAGCCCCAUGCCCCCCGCGGCACAGAAACCCAAGAUCCUCCUGGUGAUCGAUGACGCGCACACGGACUGGGCCAAAUAUUUCCAGGGGAAGAAGGUGAAUGGAGAAUUUGAUAUCCGAGUGGAACAGGCUGAGUUCUCCGAGUUGAACCUGGCUGCUUACGUCAUGGGUGGCUGCAUGGUGGACAUGCAGGUCAUGAGGAACGGCACCAAGGUGGUCAGGUCUUUCAAGCCGGAUUUUGUCCUGAUCCGCCAGCACGCCUACAGCAUGGCUCUGGGGGAAGACUUCCGCAGCCUCAUCAUCGGCCUCCAGUACGGGGGCGUCCACACGGUCAACUCCCUCUACUCCAUCUACAACUUCUGCAGCAAGCCCUGGGUGUUCUCUCAGCUCAUUAAAAUCUUCAACUCGCUGGGCCCUGAGAAGUUCCCCCUGGUGGAGCAAACGUUCUUCCCAAGCCAUAAGCAGAUGCUCACAACUCCAAAUUUUCCUGUAGUGGUCAAGCUGGGACAUGCUCAUGCUGGAAUGGGGAAGGUCAAAGUUGAGAACCAGCACGACUUCCGGGACAUGGCCAGCAUAGUAGCCAUGGCAAAAACCUAUGCCACCACCGAGCCAUUCAUUGACUCCAAAUACGACAUACGAAUCCAGAAAAUUGGCAGCAACUACAAGGCUUACAUGAGGACUUCCAUCUCUGGAAACUGGAAGGCAAAUACAGGUUCUGCGAUGCUAGAACAGAUUGCAAUGACAGAGAGAUACCGACUCUGGGCAGAUGCCUGUUCAGAAAUGUUUGGAGGUCUGGAUAUCUGUGCUGUCAAAGCUGUCCACAGCAAAGAUGGAAAAGACUAUAUCAUUGAGGUGAUGGACAGCUCAAUGCCCCUGAUUGGGGAGCACAUAGAAGAGGACAGACAACUUAUAGCUGAUCUGGUUGUUUCCAAAAUGACUCAGCUUGUCGCCACUGCUGGAUCUACACCAUCACCACUGAGGCCUUGGCCUCCACAAGCUCAGCCUGUGUCAAUGAAAUCUCAGACUGGACCUCCACUUGGACAACUGUCACAACCACGGCCUCCUCCACAAGGUGGACCACGCCAGCCACAAGGAUCUCAGCCUCCCCGAACAAACGCACCCCCACAGCAGCGGCUGUCUCCUCAAGGACAGCAGCCCCAGAGUCCCCAGUCCACUUCCCCUCAGCAGCAAAGGUCACCUGGAUCUCCACAGCAAAUCCGGUCAGCAACCGGCUCCUCUCCAGUCCAGGCCUCCAAGGCAGGCACGUUCCCUCCACAGCAGCCUCGGCCUCCUGCCCAAGGCCGGGCUCCCAGCCAGCCGAGCCCCACGGAAAUGUCCAAGCAGCAAACCACCCCACAUCCACACCUGAACAAAUCGCAGUCCCUGACAAACAACUUCAGCAUACCUGAGUCAUCUCAGCGAGGAAAUGCCACUGAAGAUGAAGCAAAAGCUGAGACCAUCCGCAACCUGAGGAAAUCAUUUGCUAGCCUGUUUUCUGAUUAACAGUCCUGCAGCUGGAUCUGUGCUUUUGUCAGCCCUCACUCUACAUUAUGUCAUACCUGAUGUCAUCCUGGAAUACACUCAGUGGACCCAGCGAUUUACAACAAACACCUGGGUAAAGGGAAUUUAGAGAACUAUAGUUGUUUUAAUACAAAGAAAAUAUUCAAAUAAUGAUCUGAAAAGUGACUGUAUAAAAGUGUCAGUAUUUCAUUGGGUUUUGUGCAUAAUCAGAAUCAUAUCUGUUCAAAUGACUGAGUUGUAAAGCAAAUUUUACUCUUGCUAACCCCUGUGGAGUCAACACAGUUAUGACAGUGCAAACUAUGUUUUAUUUUAAUUUGUAUAUAGUCAAUACAAUUGUUAACUUCCAAUUACUGAAUUCUUGUUAAGAUCAAGCUAAAAAAAAUUAGGCUUCUUUCACAAACACCCAUGCAAAGGCAGAGUCAAGAAUAAGUAUCCAUUGACCGACAAAGUGAGCAUGCUUGAGCAUCCAGUGAACUGUGGAAUUUCAUUAUAGCAAUUUCAUAAAAGGUCACUUUUCAGAGCAAAACUACGUUCAAGAUAAAGACGGUACCAGGCAUCAGUAAGCACCAAAGAUCACACAAGCAGGUCAGCCAGAUGGUCUGCUGCUUUAUUCCAGAUCAUUCUGCUCAUAGCAGAUAAAACAUCUCUGUUUCAUGCCUUGCAUUUAUGUCCCCUGCGUGUGACUCCCAAGGUCUGAGAGAAAAAUGUCAUGUUCUAACCCUGUAGCCUUAGUUCAAAAAUAACCUAAGAAAUGGGUCUUCCACACAAAAAAACAACUUCUUCCCCUGCCCCUGAAAACACCAGAGUUCACACUCACAGUUCACACAAAUUCCAGACAAAACCCAGCAAAACUCCAAGCACUUUAGUGACUUGGUCACAUCUGGCUGUGUAUGUCCCUCAGGAACAUGCUUAAUUAAUAGCAGAUCUGAUGAAGUGCACAUAGUUGUGUGCUGAGUGUUCCAUAAUACUGAACGGACAGAGAGAUGGAGUGAAAUCCUGUCUCCCGCCUUGAAUUCCCACUGACUUUGCUGGGGUGAAUGCAAAAUGAAUGCAAGGUGACAAACUUGCAAUAGAACUGGAAAAUUAUAUUUCACAAAUAAGAUGACCUGGAUCCUUCCUGAGACACCAAGCCACAGGAGGGCACAUAUGGGAUUGUCCCAAGCAGUAACAAUCAGUAUUAGUUCUCCCUGACCAUUCCCAAGAAUUAUUCUUCCAGAGAAGACAGAGAUGGAUCUUUGCUGAUGUGCUUUUCCUCUAAUCCUGCAACACUGAAAGAAGCUGUUUGUGUCUCUGCACGUACAGUGGAACUGGGACAUGACAAACGCCACACAAGCUGUGUUCAUGUUUGAAAAAACUCAUCCUAGGUAAAUCCAUGUAUUUAUAGCUAUUUAUACCGGCUGAGAUCCUACCCCUUGCACCCUGGGAGGUCUGUUUGGAACACACCUAAUGCAGGUGCCAGCCCUCCUCCCACCUCCUCGACAUGCAGCUUUGAGGCCAGACUUGGCUUUGUGCUUCCCUCGGCAACUUCACCAUGAUGAUACUUAAGAAUGCCCAGGGAUGUCAGUAAGUCAAGAAAAUGUUUGAGCCAAUGGCCCAGAUCUUUGCUGUCACAUAAACAAGGAGAUCCCCAAAGCAGCAAAAGCAACAGCUGCAUUAGCCAUCUUGGAUCUUAUGAUUCACUGGUGGGAAUAAAGCCAAACAAGGAAAUCCUUCCUGCAUAGCACCUGUAAUGAACAUCUAAAUCCAGUGAAGUCAUCUGGACCUUGUAUGACCUACCCCUGAGCAGGCCUUUGCACAUAUAAUGGCAAGUAAGAGCACAGCUUUUUCAGAUUGGAAGUCCCUCAAGAGACUCAUCUGGAUCAAUGAUUUAUACCUCAAGUUCAGUAUUACAGAACCACCUUAUUCUCUGAUGGUUUGUCUUCUGUUUUGCUUUCCUCAUCUCUGUGCUGUCCUUCAGGGUUUGAGAAGCAGUUUACCAUGUAGCAUCAUAAAUAUAUGUCAUCAUCUGAGAAAAAAAGCCCCAGUCCCUGCUGUGUUGUCUCCAGGAGCAAUAAAAGAGUGAGAAAUGGCCUUGAGCAAGCAGUGUCCCACUGGCAAGAGAAGCAGAUUAACAGGCUUCACUAUAUGGAGAAAUGGAUUUCCUUCUGUAACGCUUCCUUCAACAUGGUUUAUGCCUUUCCCUUCUGAAUGGUCACCAGAGAUGCAGAGACAGAAAUGAAAGUUUACUGAAGAAUCCUCAAUUGCUUUAUCCACUGAAAUUCCAUGAUUCCCUCACCAAUAGACCAUAUACAAAAAAGGAAUGGUGACUAGUAUGACAUGGUCCCAUAAAUCAACAGCAGUUCAUCGCUGAAAGUGCAACAGCUGGGUCAUUUGCUGAGGCUGCAUUUGAACACAGCAGGGCUGUCCUCUGACAGACCACAGGAAUAGGACAGCACUGCCAGCUUUCAUACCCAGUAGUGACUCAGUCUCUUCAUUUGCCUACAGCUCCCAGCUGCCACUUUUCAAGGGACAAGCAAACAGAAUUGCAUGUCACUGCCUAGCUUUAAGUUGUAACAUCAAGUACACCCAACAGGCACUCUCAGUUUAAUUUAGUUAGUCCAUGGUUCCUGAAAUAGCACCUUCAGUUCUAUUCACAGAAGUGCUUUAAAGCAGUGAGUUGAUUUCUGAAGUUAGAAUGAUGAAAAUCUGUUGUGUCCUGUAACUGUCCCAACAGUACACUUCCCAUCUACAGCUAUGAUGCUCACAUACUAGAUGUGCUAGCAGGAGAUUCAGAAAUGCAUCAUCCCAUCUUCAAAUUAUCACCUUUGAUGCUGGCUUUCUACUCCAAAAUCCCUACCCUCUAGAAAAAGAGAAGAGGGAAUACAGGGGGUAUUCUUCUUUUAUAUGAAUGGGAAACAAAGGUACACCUAAGAGGCAUUUAGGUACCUAAAUAUAACAGUAACGGCAGUAAGAAAACAGAAAAACUGGUAAAGAGAAGCUACAUUUAAAUCACAAGGCACACAAGUCCCACAGCACACCUUGAGAUCUUUCUCACACAGAUGUGAACAGUGAGCACCUGGUCAAAACUUCUUUUGUCCUAUUUGGUUUAAGUUUCUUCACAUGGAAGCCAGGAAACAUGAGUAGGUUUGUGUGUUUGAGUCCAACCCAGGAAGUAGCUGGGACACAGCUACAACACCCAACCAUAUCCACCACCUGGAAAAUUAGUUUACAUUUUGCUGUUUAGCUACAAACUGAAGAACACCUUGACUUUCUUGUCAUAGCUAGGUGUAGCAUUUCAAGAGGAAUGGAACACACAUUCCCAGGCAAGCUAAGGUCCAGCAGAACAGCAGUCCUGCUUACAAAAUACCACUUGUAAACGCAGUGGUAUUUUACAAUCUUCCACUAAUCACAAGCAGGUAUGUAAGACAUUGUGUAUGGCUCACAGACCUUGUGUAUGGCUCAGUUGCUUCAUCUGGUUGGUCUGAAGUUUCAUGAUUAAGAUAAAACAAUACAUAGAAAAGCCAAGGGUAACAGUUCCUUAUUUCCAAGUGAUUUAGUAGCAACCUUUACAGUACUAGAUACUAAUGAAUAGUACAGGUAAGGAAUGCUCAUCUUAAGGCAUUUCAUUCUUUUGUGAUUUCUCUUUUAUCAUUUGCAACAGCAAUGAUAUACACACUUAAUUUAGGAGCUGGAAAAUAAAAAAAGCAAGCAGCUAGUUUUCAAGUAUUUCCUCUGUUUUGUCUUCUAAGUUUAUACUGUUGGUCCUGAGAUACUUUAUACUUUAUACCCUGUUUUAUGAAUAACAGGAACUCCUCUUUAAGGAACUUUACAGUUCCAGCUAAGUCAGGUUUCUUAAUCUUUGAUUCACAACACCUUUACUGCAAUGUGAGGGACAACAAAAAACGGGAAGGAGUAUCUUCAGGUCACUUACUGGUGUAUGUGUAAAAGAGCUGAGUUCAUUACUUCAAAACCAAACAUUUCAAUGACAAAAUCCAGGAUAAACUGAACUUCUGGCAUCAGCCUGCAGAAGUAUAACUUCAUGGCUGUCUUCAUGGCUAAGAGGGCCCAACUCCAGAGCAGCACGUGGCUUGCCAGCAGGGCAAACCAUGCGACUGCCAUCAAGGCACUGGCAAUGUGAGCACCACUGGCACCACAAAAUUAACUUCUCACAUGCAUUAUGUGAGCAUUGUUCCCAGAAAUAGCUUGGAAAAAAAGGAAAAAAGUAAGUUAUGAAUUAUUUUAUCAGUUAAAGCUCUGUAACCUUAUCUGAAUAUUAUUUAUGCAUUGCUGAAGCACUGAAGCAUUGCUGAAGCAUCACAAGGACAAAAUGGUGCAAGACCAAUACAGUGUAGAUUUACCUUUUUCUUCUUAUAGUCAGUGGAAUAUAAAAAAUUGCUGCAAACUAAGAGAUCUGACUAUACAUUUCACUGGUGAAAAUGCUUUUGGAACACGGCAAUUCAAUCACUGAAGGCAAAAGUUAAAAGUUAAGGCUAAUCUUGGUAGGGAAGGAAAACUCUCUGUGAAGAAGAAAAGGAAGAAAGAAGCAAUACAACUUUUGACAGCAAAAUAAAGUAUUAUAUUUUACUUCCACUGGCAAAACUCCCUGACCUUACUAAUGUCAGCUGAUUUUAUACAAAAUGAGAAGAUGAACCACUGAAAUCUCACCUGAAAAAGCACGUAAGAAUUACUGAUUAAAUAGCUUGUAUUUAAUAGGAAAUGUCACUCCAUUUCCACAGCUGGAAUUUCAAAAAAGUUUUAGAAAAUAAUAUCAGUUGUCACAACAGCCAUUAGUACCAUUCACAUUUAUAGAAACACUGAGAUCAAUCAUCUUAAAAAUACAUAAGAAAUUAAAAGUUCUAGCAAAGUUCAGUCAUUCCAGUCUUCCUUUAAUUGAGCUCCAGCAUCAGUUUGCAGGUCUCAUCAGGAAACUUUAACAGUUGUCUUGUUAGCUGCUCAUUAGUUAAUAAGACAACACUUGAAAGGUGCUCAUAACAUGCUACGACACAUUUCUUUUUGGCAAGUUAUCAUCUGAUACUUAAGUAAUGGAACUAAAUGGAAUUUACUAACAUCAGAAUAUGUUCUGCUUCUUAUGUUGUUGUGAUCCCAUUCCCACUGUAACCAGGUCAGCCUAUUUAAUCCUUUAAGUAUGUCAGAUAGGAAGAACAGAAGCAUUUUUGCACCACUUUUAGUUCAAACACAGUAAAUGCAGUCACAUACUACAGAUCCUUAUUUGUAAAGUCAAGGACAAAGUCAAAAGUUUUGCUGCUUAUUCUUUGUAAAAUUGCUCUGCUUCUGCUUAGACUUCUGAGUUGCACUGUGGCAUGACUUUACUCAAUUGUUUGUAAAAUGAAUUCAUUUGUGUUCUAGUAUUUCCAUUGUAAAGAAAAUCCCUUUGCUGUAUUCUUUGUCCAUUAAGUAACAAUACAAAAACGCUUUUUACCUAAUAAAAUCUUAAAGGAAAAAGGAAACAA